GGGCUACGACGCUCUCAAGAGUAUUAGGUGGACCGUACGUUCCAACGGCUGAAAGCGCCGGAGCCCAAUUUCUUCUGGCGUGUUCACCGAAGACAGAGCGGCAGGCAGUAGCAUCACAACUCUGCACCUCUCCCUCGUCGCUGUAAAAUUGAAGCCGCCAGCCCCGCAGGAGCAAAGAGACGGCGACCACGAUGGCCGCAGCGUACUUGGACGGCAGAAGAAGCCGGAGACGUCCAGGCUUGCACGGUCUACCACCUGCUGCGAGAAAAAUAACCCUGCGGGUCCCGCUGACCCUUGCCCUCCUCCUCUUGUUGGUAUUCCCGCAGAACAUUAGCGGCUUUGUUUUCCCUUCUCCCGGGAAACGUCUGCAUGCAUCUUUCUUUCCCUCCUCAUCCUCCUUCUUGGGCGGUGCGCCCGGACUUUUCACUCUUAACGCGACGCCACCGCCGUCGUCCGACCCGAAGCGACCCUCUCCUUCCUUUUCCUCCUCCUCCUCCCCCUCUUCCUCCCCUUCCUACCAAGACUUGAACCAGCUCCUCCUCGAGGUGGAAGCCAUGCAAAACCGGGCAUUUCGGGAGCUGGGUGUGCUGGGCCGACCCCUCCCGCCCGUGGUGUUGGAAAAACUCAAGGUGGAUGGACGGAUCGGAACGGCGCCCGAACGGGGCGCCCUUCAGAAGGCGGGGGACGUCGGACCAGGGGGCAGGGAGGGACAAAAAGCCAUGCUGGAGGCGUUGCGACUGCGGGCCAUGGCCAAAAAACUCCGUGCGGAGGCGGAUUUGGCGGAGGUGGAACUGGCGAACGAGAAAGUGAACGGGACGAUGCGGAACCUGUUGGCGGGUGUGGACGUGGGCCUAGCUCUGUUGAACGAGGCCAGGGGAGGGAUGGCGGGCGGGAGGGAAGAAGGGAGGGAGGGAGUGGAGGUAGCCAUGGAGGUGGCGCGUCAGGCCUUCGCGAGGGUGCUGGGGUUGGAAGUGCGGGCGCCGCCGCCCUUGUCGACCGUGGAGAGGAGGGCUACGGAAGUAGAUCAUGAUGAGGAGGACGGGAUGGACGGAGGGAGGUCGGAGGGGGGCAUGCGGAGGCCAAGUUGGGUGCGGGGAGAAGACAUGUGGGACGAGGACAUGCCGGAUCUGAGCAUCGGGGGGAGCGAAAGGGGGAGGGGGAAGAGGAGGGAGGCGGAAGGGGAGAGGGACGUGGAGGACUCGGCCUUGAU